GAGGCCAGAGGAUGGGCUUGUGGGGGAUGUUUCGCAUUCUCUCUCUACUGCUGGUGCCGCUGCUGUCGGGUACCGCGUGCGGCCUGCGCGCGGAGCUGACCCGGAAACUUCUGCUUGGCCACUGUCCUUUCUAAGGAACUCACCUUCCAGAGCCCGCCCACACAGAACUGGCAGGGGACCCUCUUAGGAGCAGAGACAAUGGCGAUCUUCAGGCAGCUGUCCCUGGGUGCAAAGGCUGCCCUGGCUGCAGGCACUGUCUUCGUGUCCAUGAUUGUGUCCCGCUCCUAUCUGGCGGGGAGCCUUGAGCUCAGGGCCUGGCGUUGGCUGUUCCGCCUGCAGCUGGCCCUGUUUGCCAACUCGCUCAUGCUCAUUGGUUCCCUCUACAUCUGGCGUAGCGCAGUCAGCAACCUCAGCCACUCCCCAGCCGCAGAGUCCACCUGUUUUCAGCUUUGGAAGAUGGCUGUUGUGGCAUUUCUCGCCCUGGCCCAUUCUAGUUUCUUCACCAUGCUCUUUUUAGUGGCGGAGGAGCCCUAUCUCUUUUCCUUGGCAGCCUACUCCUGCCUCGGGGCCUACAUCAUCAUGGUCUUCUUCCUCUGUACCCUCAGUGGCAUGGAGCAGGCCUACCAGCUCUUGGCCUGGCGCAGUGGUAGGGUUGUGGGCAGCCUUGACAAGACAAGGAAGCUGGCGGUCAGGCCGGCCCUGGCCGUGGCAGUGACUGCUGUGCUCAGCGUGGCUGGGCUCCUGAAUGCCGCUCAGCCUCCAGCUGUGAGGACCGUGGAGGUGCCCAUCCAUCAGCUGCCUCCCUCGAUGGACAGCCUCAAGAUCGUGCUCCUCUCAGACAUUCACUUGGGCCCCACAGUGGGCAGGACCAAGAUGGAGAUGUUCGUGAACAUGGUGAACAUGCUGGAGCCAGACGUCACAGUGAUUGUGGGUGAUCUCUGUGAUUCGGAAGCCUCCAUCCUCCGCACAGCCGUGGCUCCUUUGGGCCAGCUCCACUCCCGCCUGGGCACCUACUUCGUCACGGGGAAUCACGAGUACUACACGUCAGACGUCAGCAACUGGUUUGCGCUGCUGGAAUCCCUGAAUGUCAAGCCCCUUCACAACGAGAACGUGAAGAUUUCCGCCACAGGGGCCCAGCACGGGGGUGGUGAAGGGGAGGACUGGAUCUGCUUGGCUGGGGUGGACGAUAUCGAAGCAGACAUCCUGCACUACUCCGGCCACGGCAUGGAUCUCGUCAAGGCCCUGGGGGGCUGCAGCCCAGACCACACCACCAUCUUGCUAGCUCACCAGCCGCUGGCUGCCAAGAGAGCCCUGCAGGCUCGGCCGGAUAUUAACCUGAUUCUCUCAGGGCACACGCAUGCUGGGCAGAUCUUCCCCUUGAACGUGGCUGCCUAUCUCUUGAACCCCUUCUUCGCUGGCCUCUACCAAGUGGCCCAGACUACAUUUGUAUAUGUCAGCCCAGGCACGGCCUACUAUGGGAUACCCAUGAGACUGGGUAGCCGGGCGGAGAUUACAGAGCUUAUCCUCAAGCAGGCUCCCUGAAUCUGGC